UUUGGUUCUUGAACGGUUUGUGUUUGUACACAGUUAGUGUUAUGAGCAGUUUGAGGUGCUGCAAAGUUUCUACUUGUGUUUUUUAAGCUUUCCUUAAUUAUGGUGGCUGUUUUCUGUGUCUUGUGCUUUUGUUCCUCGAUGUUACAAGAACCCUGGGCGGCUAAAUUGCACCUCUGUCAAACAAUACCCGAAAGAGCAGCGGGCGCAAUUUUUUCUGCGUACUUCUUUGCCGUGCCGCUGGAAAUACAAAAUGAGGGAGGUUCCGGUGUCUGGAUUGACAGGAAAAUUAAAAGUUCCGGCGCUAUGUUUGUCAGCGUAGCUUUCAAUUCACUGGAAUUAGCGGGCCGCCUCGUGCGUAAAAAGUUUGUUGUGGACCGCAAAAUAAAACGGAGUAUCUGCCUGUGCUCAGAAAAAGCACUACUUUUCGAUGAAAGUUCCAGCUGUGAAGUUUGCGGCUAGUGUGGGCAAUUCCGUCGGGUGGAAACUUAUGCUAAUUUUGCGGAUUC